AUGGCCGCACAAAUUGCUCAACCACACGUUCAACAUCAGUCUUCUACCCAUAUGAUGAAAACUACAAAGUCGGGAAGACCAUUCGUCAAGGAUAUUCACGAUUUAUUUUCCACGUUAAUUGUAUCAUUACCGAUGGAUAGUCAUCGACACAUGUUUCGUACCUAUCCAAAUACAUUUACCACAGAAGAGGCGGUGUUGAAUUUAAGUUCAUUGAAAUUCACACAAUCAAAUCAUAUGGCAAAGAGUGUGUGUCAGACAUUUAUGGAUGCAAAAUUAUUCGAACAUGCGAUCGAUACAUCGAAUAGGGCAUUUCGUGAUAAAAAUCUAUAUGCAUUGACAUCAAAAGGGAUAUACGUGCUGGAAAAAUUCGUGAAUCGAAAUGGAAUUAUCGCGAAUAAUUUAUCGAAAAUGUUUGCAUCACAUAUGUCGCCAAUUCGAUUAUAUUUUCUAGAAAGAAAUCCCGACAAUGAUUCAAUAUUACUGAAUAAAUCUGCGAUCGAGGCGGUGACAUCCGACUCGGCUUCUUCCAAUUCAUCAACACACGAAAAAGGUGAUCGUAACUUAGGGAUUGAAUUAAAAGAUCGGCAGCAGAAUCAUAAAACAUAUCGCCACACAUUUCAUGGACUACCCGCGUUGGAUUGGUUAUGUGAUUUUACCACCGCAAUCGCUCGUGAAGAAGCGAGCAAAAUUGCUAAUGAAUUUCUGCGUUUAGGAUUAAUUGAACCAGUUCCAGAUAAGAAAUCAGAGAAAUCACAUGAAAUAAGAUUCUCACGAAGUACUUUAUAUCAGGUGACUGAUGAAGGUAGAUAUGUAGCCGGCUGGGAUUUCGAUUUAUCGAAUAACCGUAACAAUAAUGGAACGGAGAAGAAUGAAAAGAAUGGAUUGCGUGGAAUGUUGAGUAUUGCCAAUUUAAAUAAGAGCACAGCUGCUGAUCAUGCUAAGCAUAAAAAUGAACCCUUUGAUCCAUCGACGACACCAUAUGUUCAAGGUCACAAAUCGCGUCGAAGUUCAAUAAGUGGAAAAGAUUUAUUCCCCGGAAUAAUAAAACAAGAAUCGAGUACAAAAAGACUUCAACAAAUUCUCGAAGAUCCAACGCUUUGUUCUUUAUUCAUGAAUUUUGUGAAAGCGAAUUUCUGUGAAGAGAACUUGUUAUUUUUAUUGGACGUAAAAGAGUUUAAAUCGAAAUACGGACAUCAAUUGAACGAAGCAGAACAAAAACUUUUAAUCUCUGAUGCCCUUCAAAUUUAUAACAAAUACUUGGCACCCGUUUGUCCACAUGAACUCAAUAUUGAUCAUGCUUUGAGACAACAAAUGAUACAAUACAUGACCAAUAAUAACGAAACACAACCAACAACGAUCACCCUUGAUAUAUACGAUAAAAUUGAGGAUACAAUCUUUCGAUUAAUGGCCUCGGAUUCUAUUCCAAAAUUUAUACGCACCGAGAAAUAUCUAAAUGCGGUGUACGAAAAAUCUAGCAUAGAUGGCGGAAGUAAUACGUCAUCAGUAUCAAGUUCACCUCCAACAAGUUCAUCAAAUGUAACUGUUAAUGGAAGAUCAAUUACACCUGAACCACACAAACAAAAUCAUCAACAUUUAAAAGAACCAUCGAUUGAAUCAUUAGAUGGCAGCACC